CGACGUAGUUCCUCCUCCCUCUUCCCCGCUCAAAAGGUAGAAAAUAGAUUCAACAUCCAUGUCACCUUCCAUGUCACCCUCGACAACAACAUCUUACUCCACAACCAGCAAUCCAUAGAUACCAUCCCUUGAACAGACGAGAGGAAAAGGAUGUCAAGCCGUCGUCCGUAAAUCGCCAUCGAAUUCGAACCAACGACGAGCACAGGAGGGACGAAAUUUCCGAGCAUCAUGGCAUCACCACCACCACCAAUACCACCGCUGUCAUUGACAUACUUUCAAGUACACCUGAUCUUCGUGAUCCCACCCAUCUUGCUCUUGGGGUACCUCUACGGUCCGCUCUUUGGGAGGAGGGACGGGAUCAAGGUCGGAUGGUUGAUGUUCAUGGCGACGAUAUGGACUACACCUUGGGAUAACUGGAUAAUCUCUCACGCAGCAUGGACAUACCCCCCCUCCUCGAUCCUCUUCAAGAUCUACCACGUCCCAAUUGAAGAACACUUGUUCUUCAUCUUACAGCCUUUGUUGUUGGUACUGGUUCAGGCGGUAGCGGGCGUAGGGAGGGGGAUUCCUUUUGCGUGGAGGGGGUUGACGGUCGUCGGUGUCAUCAAGGGGUGGGGUGGGGAUGACAAGGGAGAUGGGUGUGAGGCUAAGGUUGGGGGGGAGGGGGAGAAAGCUGACGGGCAUGAGCAAGAGGACGAGGACGAGGUCGAGGAUGAGGACGAGCGCAAGAAUUCCAUACCCCCCAAUCCGUCACCUACACGGAUACGAACACUUCGAACAAGGACAUCAACAUCAACAUCAACACGGAUACGAAAGACAACCAUACAAGAAGAAAGAAUACAGACGUUACCUCGAAGACCUCUCGCUGGGUUGUUUUGGUUGGGGGUCAUGACACUAGGCGGGAUCGGGCUCUUUACACCUCUUCCUAUCCUGUGCGAUAUCGUCGCACAUCCGGUUACUACCCUUACGAAUCCUAAAUCUGGGGUUCUUACCUUCUUCAUCCAAACCCUCAAAUCACCCUUCCAACUCAAACUACAACCCGUGGAAGACCGCCUCUUCUACCUCUCCGCCAUCCUCAUCUGGAUCUCACCCGUGCUCGCCCUCCUCACCGCCCUAGGAGCCAAAGUGGACUUGCCAGAAGACUGGAUAGCUUGGGCUGUGGGGACGGGUUGGUUGUGGAUGGUCGAUACCGUCGCUAUCAGGGCGGGCGCUUGGGCGAUCGAUACCCAGGGAAAGAGGACGUUGGGGUGGGUGCUUUGGAGGGGGUUGCCGGUAGAGGAGGCAGUGUUUUUCGCCAUCGUCUCGUACCUCCUCGUCCUCUCCUCAUCGCUCAUCUCGCACCUUCAUUUUCUCCUCCUCCUCGCCCCACCUCCGACCGGGGGCUCGGUCCCUACUCCUCGCUGUCCCCCGGCCAACCCUAUCCGACACAUCACCCUCUUGACGAGACUCGCCCUCUCCCCACCCCCCAUCCCUCGACAACUCCUCGUCUCGCUCGAAUCCAGCGAAGCCACCUUGAAGGCGGGAAGCAAGAGUUUCAGCGUGGCCAAGCUCGGAUGGGGGAGGGAGAUGCGGUGUGGGUUGAUAGCGGUUUAUGGGUGGUGUAGGGUGACGGACGACCUGAUCGAUGACGAUCAUGAUGAGCAGGGCGAGGUGGUCAGUAUUGAGACCAAGGUCAAGGUCGGGGACUCCAACGAUGAGGACGAGGGCGAGGCGAGGACGUUGACGUUGAAAGAGAUUGGGGCGAGGAAACAGAGACGACUCGAGAUGAUGAGACGGUUCCUCGACCUGGCUUACGACGAUGCCACCGCACGGGGGGAUUUUCGGUCACUGGACGUCUUCCUCGAGACUAAAGUGCCCUCGAGGGCGUACUCGGCGUUUUACCUGUUUAGCAGGCUCAUCGUCGAUCUGGUCCCUAGACGACCGUUCGACGAUCUCUUGGACGGGUACCAGAUGGACCUGGAGUUUCCGGACAAGCGGGAGAUGCUCCAGCUCACCCGGAUAGGUGACGGGGUUGAAACGCGGGACACACUCUGGAAACGGAUCUCGCCGAUCCAGACCGAGGCCGACCUCGUACUCUAUGCCGACCGCGUGGCCGGGUCGGUGGCGGACAUGAUCAUCCAUUUGACGUGGAACGUCCUCACGUCGAACCCCGUCACGGCCGGAAACGGAUGGACCCUCUCCCCCGAGCGUAAAGAGACCCUCGGACAGGGGAGGAAGAUGGGUCAGGCGUUGCAGCUGGUCAACAUCGCUAGGGACGUGAGGAGCGACGUCGAAGCGAUCGGAAGGAUAUACAUACCCAUGCAGUGGUUCCGGAACCGAAGUGAGGGGGAGGGGAAGAAGCAGAUCGAGAUGCUAGCUCAUCGACCUAGAGACCUCGAAGGUCCCGACGCUUUUCACGCGCCGAGCUAUACGCUACGCAUGUUACGCAUGGCCGAAGAGUUAAAGUCCGCUUCUAGGGAUGCUAUCGCCGACUUGCCGUAUACAGCCCGGGCGGGAACCAGGGCGAUGGUAGCUUCGUACUUUGAGAUCGGGAAAGAGGUCGAGAGGCGGGGAGGUCAGGUCCCGAGCUUGGAACAGGGGCGUCUGAGGGUUAGUAAGCGGAGGAGGCUUGCAGCUGUCCUGUGGAGUAUCUGGGGGUUGUAGUCGGGGAACGAAGUCUACACAUGAAUCGUGGGUCUCACUUCGUGGGUUAUUGGGCGUCAAACUUGUAAUCAGGUGUUCAUGACCACAAUCAUGAUUAUAAUCAUGAUCAUGAUUAUCAUAUGUACCUUGCAUAUCUGCCAGCAUUUCACGGGCGACUGGUAGUCUCGAAUACGCGCAUAGGUGCUACUUGUAUCGAUGAAUACCAGCAAUAAAGUCUCCCGCGAUGCAACGAACAGGAUACUAAAACUCCCAGUUCAAGUCGUCUCCUGCAUCGACAUCGGAAUUGAUCGAUGGUAAGGACAGAC